CCAUAAAGAGUAAAAUAGCCCCACUAAAUAGAAUAACUGAGGGCAAGAGCUGAGUGAGAAUAAAAGCCUCACAAAACAAACCCCCCAAUGUUAAGUCCGGGGUGUGGUAUUUCAAGGGAGAAAGUUAAAAACCAGUGGCUGUUUUGAAGACUUCAAGUUGUGGGCAGGGUCAGCUUUUGUCUGAAAUCUCAGCUUCCGAAGUGGAUUUCUUUUUCUCUGGAACUGGGAGUUUUGGCGGGGUCGGGUCGGAGAUAGAAAAGCAGAGGGAUGGAGGUCUGGGAGGCCGGCCCCGGGCGUCGCCACUGAAGGAGCUGGGAUGCGCAGCCUCCCCAGGCCAAGGCAAGGCCGAGGCUGGAGCCCCGUCGCGUCGCCCAGACAAAGGCAGCCCCGGCCGUAGCUCAGCAGAGCUCUGCAGCCGCGCCGCGCCCCGGGCGCACAGCUGCCUCGCCGACCGACCGCGCGACCGAGAAAGAACCUCGGGUCCCGCGGCUCCCAGGCCCCGGCCAUCCGCGAGGUCUGGCUGCUCGGUGCUGGGGUUGAGUUUCGCUCUCCGGCGGUCAUAAAUAGCUCGGUGUUUGUAAACAAGCGCUGGGGGCACAUUCCCGGCGCUCAGCUCAUUGUUCCCUCCCUUCCUCCCUCACUUCGCGCUGGGGCUGAGGGCUGCCAGGCAGAAGAGGUGGUGGGGGCGUCCGGACUCAGAGUGACAAAAAUGCAAGCGUUUCCUUUCCUCCGGCCGUGCAUCCACUUCUGACAGCGGGAGGGAAAAAAAAUCUCAAAACAACAAUAACAACAACAACAACAAAAAAACUCUAAGCUGGGUCUGCAGAACGCCCAGGCGACCGCCACCCCACGUUCUCGGGACUCCUAAGCUGAACCUUUCCCAAGACAGCUCCAGCUCCUCUUCUUGUUCUGGCUUUGACUUUUCUCCUUGGGGAGUCUAGCAGAGAGUCCAGUACUUUUGGCAUCACCCCCACCCCGAAAAAAAUACUGGCAGACCCCAAUAAUUUCGAGGAAAGUCUUGAAGUCUUUCAUGAACGGAGCUCUGACAGCAAUAACUCCGGCAUCUGCCUGCCCUGCGUUUAUUCCUAAUUUAUUUCAAGAGUCCGCUUUGAGAAGAGAGGCUGGAAGGCGAAGGAGUGCCAAGAGCACGGGACGGGAAGCCGGCGGUCCGGAGCUGCAGCCUGCAUCUGUGUGUAUGUGCCCUGGGCGUGUGGUGUUAGUGCCUGGGCGUGCGAAUUCAUGGAGCGCCUUUCUGCCUCUCCAGUGCGGCCAGAGCUCGCUUCGCGCACCCACCCCUGCCGAGGAGCCUACUUGCUGCAGCCCAAUGCAUUGUGUAAGACGCGACCUGUUAUGGCCACCACUACUUCCGGGUUCUAGCAUUCUGGUCGGAAUCCACCUCUCCGCCUGUGCAACACACACUUUACACACGCACGGCGACUGCAAGCGGGCAGCAUCGAUCGUGGCUCCUUUAAGACAAACUCAGACAGACAUUUUUUUAACCCUCCUCUCUAAUCUCCCUUCAGUGCUGCAGUUGCAAAGAGGGAGAGAGAAAGAGAAAGAGAGCGAGAGAAGAGAGAAACUGAUUAGGAAUUAGGACUGAUUCAAGGAAAGCAGGCGCUAGCUAGGGCUUCGUGCAUUUGAAUAUUAACAUUUGAGGUGUUCUGACCAGAAGAAGACAGAGCGGAUGAUCAUUCAUUCACCACGUUGACAACCUCGCCUGUGAUUGACAGCUGGAGUGGCAGAAAGCCAUGAGAUUUGGUAGUUGGGUCUAAGGGGCGCUCUUUUUUUUUUUAACUGAUUUUUUUGGGGGGGAGAAGAUCUGCUUUUUUUUUUUUUUUCCUCCCGCUGCUGUCUUGGAACCGGAGCGCUUUUAUGCUCAGCGACGCGGGCGCCUUGCUUCAGGUCCGGUAGACCGAAGAUCUGGGACUAGUAACUCACAUUGCUGGAGACGCAAAAGGAUUUUUUCCCGUGCUUCAUUUUUUUUCCGAGGGAGUUUGCAUAUUUGUUUCUUUUCACACUGGCCUUAAAGAGGAUAUAUUAGAAGUUGAAGUAGGAAGGGAGCCAGAGAGGCCGAUGGCGCAAAGGUACGACGACCUACCCCACUAUGGGGGCAUGGAUGGAGUAGGCAUCCCCUCCACGAUGUAUGGGGACCCGCAUGCAGCCAGGUCCAUGCAGCCGGUCCACCACCUGAACCAUGGGCCUCCUCUGCACUCGCAUCAGUACCCGCACACAGCUCAUACCAACGCCAUGGCCCCCAGCAUGGGCUCCUCAGUCAAUGACGCUUUAAAGAGAGAUAAAGAUGCCAUUUAUGGACACCCCCUCUUCCCUCUCUUAGCACUGAUUUUUGAGAAAUGUGAAUUAGCUACUUGCACCCCCCGCGAACCGGGGGUGGCGGGCGGGGACGUCUGCUCGUCAGAGUCAUUCAAUGAAGAUAUAGCCGUGUUCGCCAAACAGAUUCGCGCAGAAAAACCUCUAUUCUCUUCGAAUCCAGAACUGGAUAACUUGAUGAUUCAAGCCAUACAAGUAUUAAGGUUUCAUCUGUUGGAAUUAGAGAAGCCCUCUUGGAAUAGAGAUCAUGAUGACACGGCAUCCACUCGUUCAGGAGGAACCCCGGGCCCUUCCAGCGGUGGCCACACUUCACACAGUGGGGAUAACAGCAGUGAGCAAGGUGAUGGCUUGGACAACAGUGUAGCUUCCCCCAGCACAGGUGACGAUGAUGACCCUGAUAAGGACAAAAAGCGUCACAAAAAGCGUGGCAUCUUUCCCAAAGUAGCCACCAAUAUCAUGAGGGCGUGGCUGUUCCAGCAUCUCACACACCCUUACCCUUCUGAAGAACAGAAAAAGCAGUUGGCACAAGACACAGGCCUCACCAUCCUUCAAGUGAACAAUUGGUUUAUUAAUGCCCGGAGAAGAAUAGUGCAGCCCAUGAUAGACCAGUCCAACCGAGCAGUCAGCCAAGGAACACCUUAUAACCCUGACGGACAGCCAAUGGGAGGCUUUGUAAUGGAUGGCCAGCAGCACAUGGGCAUCAGGGCCCCAGGGCUGCAAAGUAUGCCAGGGGAGUAUGUAGCCCGGGGUGGUCCAAUGGGUGUGAGUAUGGGACAACCAUGUUAUACCCAACCCCAGAUGCCCCCCCAUCCUGCUCAGCUUCGUCAUGGGCCCCCCAUGCACACGUACAUUCCUGGACACCCUCACCACCCAACAGUGAUGAUGCAUGGAGGACCGCCCCACCCUGGAAUGCCAAUGUCAGCAUCAAGCCCCUCGGUUCUUAAUACAGGAGACCCGACAAUGAGUGGACAAGUCAUGGACAUUCAUGCUCAGUAGCUUAAGGGACUAUGCAUUGUCUGCAAUGGUGACUGAUUUCAAAUCACAUUUUUUGUUGUUUUGUUUUUUUUUCUGCAAUGACUAUGGAGUUCCAUUCUUGACAUCUACUUUGGACCAAGGAGCAUCCCUAAUUCUUCAUAGGGACUCUUAAAAUGCAGGAAAACCAACUGAAAUCAAUUUGGGGGACAUGCAAAAUAACUAUAUAAGACAUUGAAAGAACAAAGAGUGAAAUAUUGUAAAUGCUAUUAUACUGUUAUCCAUAUUACGUUGUUUCUUAUAGAUUUUUUAAAAAAAAUGUGAAAUUUUUCCACACUAUGUGUGUUGUUUCCAUAGCUCUUCACUUCCUCCAGAAGCCUCCUUACAUUAAAAAGCCUUACAGUUACCCUGCAAGGGACAGGAAGGUCUGGUUUGCAGGGUUUUUAGAGCAUUAAAAUAACUAUCAGGCAGAAGAGCCUUUCUUCUUGCCUAGGAUUUCAGCCAUGUGCGCUCUCUCUUUCUCUCUCUUUUCCUCUCUCUCCCUCUCUCUAGCCUGGGGCUUGAAUUUGCAUGUCUAAUUCAUUUACUCACCAUAUUUGAAUUGGCCUGAACAGAUGUAAAUCGGGAAGGAUGGGAAAAACUGCAGUCAUCAACAAUGAUUAAUCAGCUGUUGCAGGCAGUGUCUUAAGGAGACUGGUAGGAGGAGGCAUGGAAACCAAAAGGCCGCGCGUGUUUAGAAGCCUAAUUGUCACAUCAAGCAUCAUUGUCCCCAUGCGACAACAACCAUCACCUUAUACAUCACUUCCUGUUCUGUGCGGCUCAAAAACAUAGACUGAAGAUUUAUUUUUAAUAUGUUGACUUUAUUUCUCAGCAGAGCAUUGGUCAUGUGUGUAUUUUUCCAUAGUCCCACCUUGGAGCAUUUAUGUAGACAUUGUAAAUAAAUUUUGUGCAAAAAGGA